GCCACCGCCACCAUUUCCAGUCAUUUUUCCUCCUCUUCCCCCUCAUCAGCUUGGCCAUGACUGGGUUCAUAAGGAACCCAGAGAUGAUCUGGGUUCGUCCACCAUUUCCAGCCAUUUUUCCUCCCCUUCCCCCUCAUCAGCUUGGCCAUGACUGGGUUCAUGAGGAACCCAAAGCAGAUCUAGGUUCGUCACAAACCCAAGUCUACUCUGCUCUAGGUUCGACGCAAACCCAGAGCAGAUCUAGGUUUGUCGCGAACCCAAGUCUGCUCUGCUCUGGGUUCGACGCGAACCUAGGUCUGCUCUGGGUUUGUCGCGAACCCAAGUUUGCUCUGGGUUCGGCGCGAACCCAGAUCUCUUCUAGGAAGAUGUAUGCUAACUCUCUCAUUCAUGGUGAUUCACACAUGCGUUUUGCAGAGGAUAGAAAUAAGAGGAUGAAAAAGGCAUUCUUAGUUCAUGACGAACCCAUAACUGGGUUCGCGACAAACCCAGAUCAUCUUUGGGUUCUUCACGAACCCAAUCAUGCCCAAGAAGGGGAUGAGGGGAAGGGAGAAGAGAAACAGUGACAACCAAAGGAAAAAUGGCUGAAAACGGUGGCGGUGGGAAGGAGAACAAAGAGAGCACAGAGGAGAACGAUGGAAAGAAGAAUAGAUUAAGGGCAUUUUA